GAGCAAAGCAACGUAUAUAAUUCAGAACAUUACGGAUCACGAUUGUUUGGAUUGAAUUGAACAUGUUGAUUCCAUUACUGUUUUCGUUACUGUGUAAGUACAUCUUUGGGCUCGGAUCAGAAAUACACAUAUGGGAUCAUUCAGCAAUCAUACGACAUGCGCCAAAAAUUUAAAUCGCGAAAAAAAAAAAAUAUAAAAAAAAAUGUUUCUUAAUCAUAUUAAAUGAUAACUUUAAAAAACAACGAAUAUUCAAAUUUACUACAAUGAUGAGUUUUCUGUUUAAUGACUUUACAAUUAAAUGUUCUUAGUAAUCUUAGUGAAAUGAAUGAGAAAGGAUUUUUUUUUUUUUUGGGGGGGGGGGGGGGUUUAAACUGAAAUUAACAAUUAAAAUGGGUUACCGGAAAUUUGCUCGAAAGAAAUUUCGUCGACAAUAAAUUGAUCGACGGAAAUUUGAUCGAACUGAAAUUUGUCGAAUCUUUUUUUUCCGUUCAUCCAGGACGCCAUCUUCCGAAAGCGCCACAAUCGUCUUUUUUCAUGCAAUAUAUAAUUGUGUAUUCAUAUAUUGUAAGGAAUAGUGCACCUGAAAUUCAGGCUUUUGCAAGGCACUAAUACUAAGUCUAAGCGAGGCAUAAUAUCUCUAUUUUAAGAUGAUUGGCUGUUGGAACAGAAUCAUAUUUAUUGCAAAGUGAUUGCCUAUAAAAAAAUUUAAAAAAAAUAUUUUAAGAUGGUAUAUCAACACAUGUGUUAUACAGAGUGGGCUCUAUUGAGUUAAAAUCAAAUUUCUUCGGAUGGCUGCUUCUUUUCGCGGCUUCGUAAAAAAAAUAAUUUUUGGAAGACUUUUUAUAAGAAAAGUUGUCUUGAAUGUAUCACUCCACGCCGUGACAUCAAUAGAUAUAAUUCUCUAGCCAUGAAAGAAUGAUGUAGCGUGUAAUGGUGAGUUCAAUAGCGAUCAAAAUAAAAUUCCCGAUAACUGCGCUAAAUGAAAUUUAUAAAAAAAAAUACCGCAAGUGAGUUAGUUCUACGGAAAUCGUCUGAAUUUAAAAGGGGAUUAAUAAAACUGCUGUGAAAAAAGAGGGGAGGGGGUGUUAUAAUAUUAUCAUAUUUCAACGGUGUGAAGAAGUGUGCGGUAAAAUACCUGGGGGAGGGAUAAAAUAGCACUAAUUGGGAUUCUUAUAAAGUGUGUUACUUUAAUGCAUAUUUUGCCUAGAAAUUUUUAGUAGAUGGGAAGUUUGCGCAUUGCUGCCGUCAUUGUUUCGCGGGGCUAUAGCUAGUCAUCAAUAGUAAGUUUAAGUGAUCAAAAUAUAUUUAAUCCAUACUCCAUAACCUUAUAUCACUCCACCCAGUGGGCGUGACAGAAAGUGUCUUGCCCAAUCUACCCGACUGUCAUGCUGCGCAGGACACGCCCCUGGAUACUGCCAACCCGGCUACUUUAUUCGGCGUCACCCACGAGCUCGGGGUGAAGGCCACGCCCCAGCGCGUCGGAAACUUGCGACAGAGCGGACCGCUUCCUACGGGACAUUUCGCCACGAACCACAUCAAGAACAAGGACAUCUGGCCCAUCAUACAGACACCCUAUCAGAGUAAGUAUCGCAGGCUUAUCAAGAGCCUGUGAUAUUAAAGUAAGUCUCAUGGCCUGAAAUAUUAAGGUAAUACUUAGUGUCUUACUUACCUACGUUAGUGUCAUGGGGCUGUCAUAUCAAAGUAAUUCUCAUGGGUCUGUAAAUCAAAUUAAUUCUCAUGGGUCUGUAAGAUCCAAGUAAUUCUCAUGGGCCUGUAAUAUCAAAGUAACGCUCAUGGGCCUGUAAGAUCAAAGUUAUUCACAAGGGUGUGUGAUAUCAAAGAUGGGAUUAGGCUGGUCAAGGCGUGCUGCCUGGUUGCCUAGCUUAAACAAUAUCUUGCCGGGCUGGUCUCUAAUGUCGACUUUUCAUGGACCGUAUAAGUAAAUACCACAGAACAGAACACAUCUACUAUCACAUUGUAGUGUUCAUGGCGACGACUGUCUUGGACAAGUGCAGGAGUAUUUCAAAAUCUUGUUUUUAAAACAAAAAUGGUGAAUAAUAAAUGAAUAAUUAUGAAAAAUGUAUCACGUGACUUGAACCAUCCACGCGAUCAGGCGUCUAAAAAAUUAACUAAGUCGGUGUUGGUCUUAUGAUAUAAUCAUCGGGUGUCCGCAGUUCUACUGACCACCGACGGAGUGGCGCUGGAUUCCUACACGAUGGACCGCUGGACUGACCCCAAGAGGACCGACUUUAUGGAGCAGCAAUCCGCCUGGGAGCAGGGAAAACCCUGGAACAAACUCAACGACAUGGGCUCCAACAUGCGUCAGAUGACGUCAGGGCCCGAUGGAAAUCCUAAGUCUGGUUUCUCAGGUACGUCACGACAUAUCAAGUUGUUUUGAGGGGAGAGGGAUGGGAAAAAGGGGGGGGGGUAGGGGAGGUCAGGUGACAAGUCUAGACUAUGUUAAGUAUGUAACACCAUAAAAAAAAUCACGCAGAUGUCGAUAGUUGUCAUAAACUUAUGUCAUACUGCUUGAUGGUAAGAAAACAUCUGUUUGUUUUUUUUUAAAUUGUUUUAAUUCAACCGGAACUGUUUCUGAAAACGUGUUAAUUCCCCCACUCCAGGUAAAUCAGGUGUCCGUGUAGGAAUACAAGGUGCCGGUGAACCGACCUUGACGGCCUUUGGCGAGCUGUAUGCCAACUUUGCCUACCACUCCGGGGGGAGCUCGAUGGAGGUAAAACUAGAGAUCAAUGCAAUGCAAUUAUGUCUCUUGUUAACUGCCCGUCACAACUGACUAGAUGAGCAGUUUUUUCAAGUAACAAUCUAUAACAAAAAAAAAAUUUUUUUCACCAUAUAAAAACAUAUCUAAAUUUCCAUACAAUUUAUCAUUUAGGCGUUUCCUGGAUGUAUUUACAAUGUUUAUUUUGCAAAAUAAAUGAUAUCUGCUUAAAAUACCCAGCAGAUUCUCAUUAAUUCUGAUGUUUAUUGUUUUAAUUUCUAGUCACAUUUUUUGUGACUAUUAGAUUUAACAUCACCAUUUAAUAAGACCCCCUACUCUCACCAGUGGAACUGAGAUAGCUGAGCAAUGGACAGAGACCUAUCUGAGCAAUGGACAGAGACCUAUCUGAGCAAUAGACAGAGACCUAUCUGAGCAAUAGACAGAGACCUAUCUGAGCAAUAGACAGAGACCUAUCUGAGCAAUAGACAGAGACCUAUCUGAGCAAUAGACAGAGACCUAUCUGAGCAAUAGACAGAGACCUAUCUGAGCAAUAGACAGAGACCUAUCUGAGCAAUAGACAGAGACCUACUAGAAUAGAUAACUUUUUAAAAAAUAUGAACGCGGUGUUUGAAAUACUCACAAGGGGACGACGUGGCUGAAGUCACUGACUCUUUUCCCCCAUACCCUGUCCCCAAAAAUAUUUUUUUUAAAUUUAAGUAAAACAUUUAUAAUCAACUGAGCUCUACAUCAAUCAAAGGGGAUUUUUAUCUGUAUAAUUGUAUUAUCAUCAUAUGAUAGGUUCCUAUUGUCCGAGGCUCGGCCUUCGUGACGCACGUCUUGAAAUCAGCCAAUCCCGUUGUGAAGCCGUUCUGUCUCAGCUCCAUCAACAGACACGCCACUAACUUCGACUGUCCAGUUUUACCGUCAGGUCGGUCAAUGCUAAUCAACAGAUUUGAACCUUUAAAAAAGAAAUUGUUUCUUUUUCUUAUUAUAUCUUUUUAUGCCUCCGUGCCUCUCUAAUCUCUCUCUAAUUCCUCUAUGUUUCUAAUCUCUCUCUCUCUCUCUCUAAUCUCUCUCAAUAUCUCUCUCUAAAAUCUCUCUAAUCUCUCUCUCUCUCUCUAAUCUCUCUUUAAUAUUUCUCUAAUCUCUCUUUGUCUCUAAUCUCUAUCACUCUAAUGUCUCUCUCUAACAUCUCGCUUGCUCUAAUCUCUCUUUCUAAUAUCGCUCUCUAAUCUCUCUAAUUUCUCUCUAAUCUCUGUCUCUCUAAUCUCUCUCUACUCAUUUUAAUCUCUCUGUCUCUAAUAUCUCUCUCUCUCUCACUAUAUCUCUCUCUCUCUCUUUCUCUCUCUGUUUGUGUGUUAAUCGUGUAGUAUCUCUAUCUCUCUCUUUAUGUCAUGUCUCUUAAUUUAUCUCUUUCUCCCUAGCCGGCAACAUUUCUCCUUGCUCUUAUUUUUUGUCCUCUUUUCUCUCAAACUUUCCCAUAAAUUAUAACCUUUUAGAAAGAGCAUUAUUUAUGUAUACAAUUGGCGAAAUUUUGUUUCUUGUAGAAUAGAGUUUAUUCCAAAUGAAUUAAUUAUGAUGGAUAAUUUUUGUUGUUGUUUUUUUGGGGGGGACUAACAAUAAAACCUGUCAUCCACAUCCAGCCGGCGAUGGUGGCAGUGGCAGCAUUGAAGGUGAAUGUCACGGGGGUGUGCUCACCAUAACACUCCACAACAGCAAAGCUGUCACGGACCUGUCUCUUCUACAGGUGAGUGUGUUGUGUGUAACUAGUGGUGACCACACAAGGGAAAAAAAAUCAAUGCUGUUCACUUGCAUCCUUAUUCGUUUUAUUCAAUUUUAUCCUGUUCGAAUAAAAAAAAAAAAAUUAAAAUAACAAAAGUCCUCAAAUUUGCUUAAAUUUGUAAAGAAUAAAAAUCUUUUAACAUAAAUAAAUUCUAAGCUGAAGACAUAGAUAGAAUAUCACGAAUUUUCUUCAUGUGACGCAGGAGCCAGUGGACAUACGCCCUUGUUAGUGACAUCCCUGCCACUGUCAGUACCCCCCCCCCCGUGCAUGAUAACGAAUUCCAAUGCCACUACCUGUCUAUCCCUCCCCCGUUAGUAACGCAACUGGUGUAACAAUACUUACCAACAUCUCUCUCUAAAACCAGUUUCUUACGGAAUGACUUAUAAAAAGUCGCACGUUAUUAAAACUUUUUUUUUUCAUUAUAAAAAAAACAAUGUUUUUUUUUUCUUAUUUUAGGCUAUAUCUCAGGCCAGUUGUAUAAAAUUUUGUCGAGAUAGCCUUCGGUUUCUCGUCAAUUUCAGUAUUAGCAAGUGAUGAAAAUUAUUCCAAAAAUGGGCGUCAUCUUUUUAAUUAAAUACACCAUUCGGUAAUGUCUAUUUUUUGGGGAAUGCUAAAUAAUUAUUCUUAAUUGUUCAUGUUUUGUCCACCCAGUGGGCAGCUGACCCUAAAAAUAACUGGGGUCACACUUUCAUGAGAACCUGUGACGCCGCUCACUGUACGGCUUCAGAUGGCGGGAAAACCAUCAGAAUCAGGAUACCCAACUCAUCAGGUCUGACGCAUCGCCUGCAAAUAAUUCUUGCUAUUUAAGAUAACAAUAGAAAUAAUAACCUAAAGAAACGAAUCAAAAUUUUUAACAGCGCCUUAAAAGGUCUGAGUAGUAAAUGUGCUAAAAUGUAUUGUCCCAAUGGUCUACAAUCUUAAAUUAACAUUAUUUGUUGAAUUAGUAAACAUAAGUGUUAUAAUUAUGUUCUCGGAAAGCUUUAAAUGGAAGGCCUUUAUAAUGGGAAAGGAAAAAUUAUUUACUCUUUUUGCGUUUCCAAUCUUAGCUCAAACAUCGGCACAUUGUUUCAGGAACAUGCAAGGGUGAGGGUGGGGCGAAAAGUUGGGGGGGGGGGGAGAUCUAUCUCGGGCCCCAUUUUCAAAAAUGACGCCAAAAUAGACAUAUUCUUGCAAAAAAAAUAUUAAAAAAAAUAUUAAUAUAUACUUUUUGGGGAAUAAGGCACCGAAAUUCAGUCUCAGCCCCGGGCGCAGCCUCUUCUUGCGCCGACCCUGGAGUCUUUGUCUCAAAGUCCAAAAUAAACCAAACGGACGUCAUAUUCUUACUUUGGUCUCAUAAGAUAAUAAUGUCACUGUAGCUGUGCCUGAUUUGAAUGUCUUCCAAACCGACCAUCUCACACACAGGCGUCAUGAACUACGCCGUCAACUACAUCGGUCACUACCUGGUGCCGUCAGACUGGACCAACCAUCCAGGGGAGGCCACCUGCUCGGGGAAGAGGGAUGUGGAGUCCCGGGCCGCCGGGGACAUUUCACUGACGGCCACCUGCGCCCCAUCCCGUGACGUGACCAUCGUCGUUGACCUGGGGCCGGAGGCAUUCCCUGGCCUGGAUCAUGUGAGUAAAUUAUGUCUUAUUUUUUUGUUUAAUCGUCCACGUUUUAACCUCAACUCUUAGAUCUUCCCUACCCCACAAAAAAAACAAUAAAAUAAAAUAAAUAAUAAUAAAAUAAAUAAUUAAUAAAUAUAUAUAUUAUAUAGUUUGAAAUAUAAUUUUUGAGAUUUCUUUUAUCAGAUACAUUUUUCAAAACGAAAAAAAAAAAAAAUAAUAAAAUAAAUAAUUAAUAAAUAUGUAUUUUAUAUAGUUUAAAAUAUAAUUUUGGAAAUUUCUUUUAUCAGAGAAAUUUUUCAAAACGAAAAAAAAAAAAAAAAAAAUGGUAAAAACGUUAUAAAGCAAUGUGAAUGGGUUUUAGUUUAACAUUUAAAAAACAAACAAUGAAAACCAUGGCCCAUUUAAUCUGCCAAGCCUUUAUUAGAUAUUAUAUCAUACAUUUAAUUUCGGUUUCGUCUCCUUCUUUUAUAUUUUUAUAAAUAUAAUAUAAUAUUUUUUUUUUUUUUUUCAAACAUGACCGCAAUGUGCUCUACAUUGAUUUAAAUAAAAACAAAAAACCGAUCAAUCUUAGGUUUGGCUAUAACGCAAUACUGGGUUACUGUUUAAAAAAAUAUUUUUUUUUUAAAUAUAUGAAAAAAUGCGAGUGGUCGUAAAGCAAUCAUGUAAAAAAAAUUUAAAAAAAAUUAAAAUUUAUACAUUUCUCUUUUCAAUUUAAAAAAAAAGCAAUUAUAAUAAUAAAAAUAACAAUACUGAUAAAAUAAUACAAUGUUGUAGGGAUCCUUGUAAGGUUAUAAGGAUGUGCUGAUGAGCGUUGAAAAGACUUUCAUUUAAAUGUGGGGAAAGCUGAAGUAAAACAAAUUACUCUCAAAUCUAAAUAAUAAUAACGACAAAGCCGUAAAUAUGUAGACCAAAUCUGUGUAAUCUUCCUUGGCUUAUUUGUUCAAUGUCGAGCAGCUGAGAAGUUCUCAAGGAAAGAUAAGAAAAUACCAUCAACAAAACCAAGGCCAAAGAAUUCGGAAAAAAACAACACAUUUUUAAAUUAAAAACAUACUUAUCUUACAUUCCCCGUACACAAACAGCUAUGGUAAAAAAAUAGUAAUAAUUUAAAUAAUAAUUUUUUUUUUUAAAUAGCAUAAAAUGUACCUAGGGUCUUCCACUUGAAAAAAAUGUACCUACCAAUUAAUAGUCAAAAAAGCCCUUUAUACUUAAAAAAAAAACAAAAAAAAAAAACCAUUCUUUUGUGAACAGUUCCAAUUUGCCAUAGAAACAGCCUCCACAUGGACGGGUGGAUUCACACCUGGCAUGCACACCUGCACAUCCGCCACCUGUCAACACAGUGGCAGUACGGUGACAAUCAGAACCAAGGCGCCGGCCAAUGAUUACAAGUGAGUGUCCGUAUCACGUAUCGGUCAUUGAAUAACUUAUCGCUCCGUUAUUACAUUGAAUCUAAAGCGAUUGUUGCCUCCCCUCGUGGCUUCAACGCGAAGCUUGAACUAUGGUUGAUUCGUUCAUUAAAUGUCGUUUCUUUAACAAACAAAGAAAUGCUUUCCUAUGUAUUCAUUGUGAAAUGUAUUUGAAUACAUUUUGUAUUCGUAUAUCUUUUGUAAUCGAAUACCUUUUGUAUUCGAAUAGACUUUUGGGUAAUACACUUUUGUAUUCGUAUACAUUUUGUAUUCGAAUACCUUUUGUAUUCGAAUACCUUUUGUAUUCGUAUACCUUUAUCGUUCUCAGAUUGGCGGUAAACAUCAUCGGGCAGACGACUUUUCCCAGAGCGGACUGGCUGGUGCAUCCGUACCAAAGCAAAUGCGACGGUUCGAGAAUCACAGAUGGCGCUGGAGGCAAUACCCAAGCCACGCAGGGUCCGGCCCACGCCACUUCCGCCCCUGUCAACGUGAACUACGCCUACACGGCCGGAGACAUAGCCCAGGCCAACACGAAGUUCGUCAUGGAGCUCAGCGAGCCCGGGACCGACCUGCCCGAUCAGAGCCGGAAGUUCAUCCUUUACUUCUCCUCUCCGGUCUUGGCGAGGAUCGACCAGGGCGCCCAGCUGAUCAGGUUCGAGCCCCCAGGUGGCGGGCAGUUCACCGGAAUUUUGCAGGUGGCCUACGCCGGGGCGUCGAGGAGAGGAGACGGUUCACAGAUUAACUAUUUCGACAAGUACGCCGGGGUCUACCCUUAUAAACCACAUGUGAAAUACUGUGUCAGCAAUUCCAGGAACAAGGGUUACGUCAGUUUUGAUUGGGAUACCGUGGACGCGUCUGGUUCCGCUGCCAGGUCUGGUACUCUACUAAUGGUCGCCAUGCCACACCAGGUAGGUGAACUUUUCUAGCUAUCAUGUUUCCUAGCUGUUUUGUCUCUGGCCAAGCAACACUGCUUGUAUUUACGAUUUCUUCUACAAAAUUCCCAUUUCGUUGGUUUUUUUUCCCCAAUCAUAACAAGCUCUCUCAAUCAGCAUUCUAUGAGAGAACCAAAUAAGCUACAUUCACAGCGGAAUUAAAUUUAAAAUAAAUGAAUUGAAAUUGAAAUUCAGAAGAAUUUUCCAAAAAAACACCCACAUUUUAAAGUAGCUAUAAAACUUAUUCUUUAGCUUUCAAUCUUCUACUAAUUUCAUUAAGGACUCGGUGUGAUUUGUUGAUCAUGGUAACAUCUGGUAGUUGCUUUGAAAUUUAGUUAGGAUAACGGAAAAAAAUGUUCACCAUGCAUAGCUAGCUGCUUAGAGAUAUUCACAAAAAAACAACAACAAAAACAACAUAUCCCUUCCAAAACACCUUUUAAACAUAUGUUUCUAUCUUCUUCGUAAAAUGACACUUUUGAAAUUGUUAGAGGCUCAUUAAAAAAAAAAAUUACUUUGUUCGGUGAAUAAAUUCGGGGUUAGUCUAUUGUUUAGAGGUAGAGGUUUGAUAGACAAAUGAAUUCUUCUCAAUGCCCACAAUUCUUGCUAUUAAAAUCCAUAUCUUUUUGGAAAUCCUCAAAUCUAUCAAUAUUAUUUCAUUUCCUUUUUUAAUUUAAAAAAAAAAAUGUUUCAGGCGCUCAUUUUAACCAAGUCUCACUCAGAUAAAGUGGUCGACACGCCCUUCACCUUUAAAGGGUACGAAGGAAAUGAUUGGCUGAUGGAGUAUGACGUACUACACACGGAAGUUGACCCAGAUCCCCAGGGCGUGGCUAGAGUGAGAGCUAACCCCACUCAGUUGCAGGUAAUGUUCCACCCCCCCCCCCGAAAUGAAACACAUCUUCUGCUGGUUACAUCAUGGUGCCCUUUUCCAUCAAAUGUAAAAAGAAUUCCGUUGUUUUAAUACUCCGAUCUUAAUGGUGCAUUAAUGAAUACCCAGAUCCCCAGGGCGUGGCUAGAGUGAGAGCUAACCCCACUCAGUUGCAGGUAAUGUUCCACCCCCCCCCCCCGAAAUGAAACACAUCUUCUGCUGGUUACAUCAUGGUGCCCUUUUCCAUCAAAUGUAAAAAGAAUUCCGUUGUUUUAAUACUCCGAUCUUAAUGGUGCAUUAAUGAAUUGCACUUUUACUUGUCAACAUCUUAACCAAUGGUCAUCACUUCGAACGGCUAAAUUUACAUGCGUGAUUUCAUGAUGUUUGCAUCGAUCUACUCAAACAUUUCGUUUAUUAGAGCAGUUACGGUAAACGAGAAACACCCAUUGUUAUUUCCGCCAUAAUAUUUUAGAUUAUCCUUCAAUUCUCAGAAUGUUCUGGCCGCCAUCGAGAGAGACUCCCAGAACCAAAAUCUGGACGCCAUCUGUGCCCACACCGACAGCUACAACGGCGGGAAAGGCAUCGGCAUGGUGACCAGGCUCGCCAGCUUGUCCCGGGCUUUCAACACCAACCACUACACCAGGCUGGAGAACUCCAUCAAAGACUGUCUGGAAAAAUGGCUCAGAGUUCAAGGUUCGUGGGAAGAUCUAACUGGGAACUAUUUGUUCUCUCAUCUUUAUAUUAUUUGUUAAAAUGCUUUUGUAUUUGAAAUGAUCUGUCGGCCUCUCUGUUCCUCAAAAACGCCGUGAACGCCACUGGUUCAACAGGGAAUACACAUUUUAAUUUGUCACUAAACUUCUUCUUUUUAGUUCGCCGGACCGAUAGCAAUUACAUUCACAUUAAGGGAAAACCCAGCUUACCCGACAAACGACUAGUUCGGUUAAUAACUAAGAUCUAUAAAUGUUCUCGUUGAAGCUUCAGCUAAAAUAGUUAUGUCAUGAAUUUUAUUUCAAACUGCCCCCCCCCCCUUUUUUUUUUCAGCAACCAACUCUGGUGUAAAAAUAAUUAUGGAUGCCAACGUUUAAGUCACUAGAUGGUAAAUUGCAAAUAUGCGAAUCCUUUAACCUUAAGAAACAAACUGAAAUCAAAUUAAAAUCAAACGACGGAUGAUGCUUCCAUAGCCGUAAAAUUUGCUCUCCGAAAACCUUGUUAUUUUAAUAUCAUUACAUUUUUCCCCUUGCAAUGUAAUGGAGUGUAGGGGUUCUACAAUUUAACGGAGUGCCUGGGUUGUACGUUGUAAUGGAGUGCCUGGUUUGUACAUUGUAAUGAAGUGCCUGGUUUUUACGUUGUAAUGGAGUGCCUGGGUUGCACCUUGUAAUGGAGUGCCUAGUUUUUACAUUGUAAUGGAGUGCCUGGUUUGUACAUUGUAAUGGAGUGCCUGGUUUGUAUAUUGUAAUGGAGUGGCCUAGUUUGUACAUUGUAAUGGAGUGCCUGAGUUGCACCUUGUAAUGGAGUGUAGGGGCUGUACAUUAUCUUCUGAGAAGCAUAAGAUCGAUUGCCCACGUUAUUUAUCACACAGACUCACUGCAUAACGCUUAUCUGUUUUUAAAUUCACGUUCACGAAAUGACCUCUGACCCGCAGAUACACUGGACAACAUGUGGAAGUUCCACUACGAUGACGUAUGGGGCGGUCUGUUCCUGCGGGCCACCGGGGAUGCCGGCGUAGACUGGGGAGUGGACUACGGAUUCCCGUACUACAACGACCACCACUUUCACCUGGGCUACUUCAUCUACGCCAUGGCUUACUACGUGAAACACAACAGAGCUUGGGGCAAUGGUAUGUCGGUUUGAGAAUAGGUUUUGCGAUGAGACUUGGGCAGCUGUUUGCAUUGGGGGUGUCGUUUUCACAAAGACGCUCCACACAUUUUUCAAUAUUUUAUUACGUCUAUAGUUUCUUCUUCUUCUAUAUGUUGAGGACUCACCAUCAAGGUAUUGAUCAUUCUGGGCUACCAGUAUGUGCGUUUUGUUUUGCUAAUAGUUCAAGACAUUCAUGUAACCAAGACACCAUUUAUAAACUGUUACCGUUUUGAGACCUGAAUUAGGCAAUAUAAUACAUAGGAAUAUAAUACAUAGGUCUUCAACUGCCUACCUUUUCGAGAAUAUUAUCUAAAUUUUAAUUAAAUUAUUUUUCAGCUAUAAAGCAUUAAACACCUGUGUUUUAGCCAUGUAUGCAAUGUUUCACUGUCUUGUUUUACGUCUAGUCUCCAACCUCUGUGUAUUAACCAUGUAAGAAGUAUUUCUUUGCUGUAUUUUAGGUCUAGUUUCCAAACUCUAUGUAUUAGCUACGCAUGAAAAGUUUCAUUGUGUUUGACAUCUCAAGCUCACAAGGCCGCCAUCUACUCCCUGGCGAGAGAUGUUGGAAACCCCAGCUCCAGGGAUCCUCACUUCCCGGUGUCCAGACAGAAAGACCUCUACACCGGCUUUUCGUGGGCCUCGGGGCUCGUGCCCGGAAUACGCCAGGAGGAGUCGGCGUCUGAGGUAUAAGAUCACGUGACACUAGGUUGCAUGGGGAAUGUGCAUUGGCUUUAUGUGUACGUCUUACGUCAACGCCGUAAUUCAUCUCAAAUGGAAAUUUUAUUAGGGAAUUAAUUUUAAGUUCACGGCCACUGAAUAACGAUAGUGCCUACCAAUCUGCCGGGCAAAGUGAACGCUUAAAAUCAACAAGUUCACGUUUAAAAUGCUAGAAGAGAAAGAAAAUUCUCACCACAAAAUUUGCUUGAUCCAUGUAUCUCUCCCCCCCCCCCCGCCCCGUCCCAGGGCAUCAACUGCUAUCACGGUCUUGCAGCUCUUGGUGACGCCUUCAAUGAUCAGAAUUUAAAACAGACGGGUCAGAUCUUGUUGGCCUUGGAGGUGGCUUCCGUCAGGGAGUAUUGGCAGGUAUGUCAUGACUCUGUUAAUUAGAUUAAAUUGACAUUAAAGGUAGCAUGAACUUUUUUUUUUUUUUAACCAUGAACAAAAACGUUUUUUUUCAAUAAAUUAUUAUUAUUUUUUUUUUUUGGCAUCUCAGCCAAUGAAAACUGAUUAUUUCCAUAAACUAAGAGGCUCCUAACAUCUUUUUAAACAAUCAAUGAUCAGAAUUUAAAACAGACGGGGCAGACCUUGUUGGCCUUGGAGGGGGCUUCCGUCAGGGAGUAUUGGCAGGUUUGUCAUGACUCUGUUAAUUAGAUUAAAUUGACAUUAAAGGUAGCAUGAACUUUUUUUUUUUUUUAACCAUGAACAAAAACGUUUUUUUUCAAUAAAUUAUUAUUAUUUUUUUUUUUUUGGCAUCUCAGCCAAUGAAAACUGAUUAUUUCCAUAAACUAAGAGGCUCCUAUAAUCUUUUUAAACAAAGGAAAUGGAACAAAAUGAGGUUGGGGGGGGGGGUGGUAACGAAUUUUAAAGUGGACGCAACUACUUAUUUUGAAAAUGCAGCGCCCUUCCAAAUGUUUUCCCUUCCAAUUAUUCAUUCAUAUCUUAGUGUGCUGUAAUAAAAAAAAAUUCUAGAAACAUUUUGAAGGGGACGCCACUGCAUGCCUGAAAAUCAACCUGUUUCUCUCUGAGAGUGACUCGAGAAAGGAAUAGGAAUAGAAUGAUGUCCCUUGAAUUCGAUGUUAUUGUUAUACAAUCCACUCUCAUGAGUACUAUUUACAAAUGUAUAUUCAAAGGAAUAGAAAAAAACUCUAAGAAAUAUUUAGAACAAUUAAAUCAACUUAUGCGUACGUCCUGAAAUAGAUUACAAGGAAUCUUAUUGUUAGGAAAGAUUGCAAUAGUUAUGUUACAUAACGAAAAAAACGUUAAGAAAAGAUACAAGUAAAUAAACUUGGUGAUUGAAAACAACAAGAACAAAUAAACACAUAAUUUCUUAUAAAAUUCAUUUGAUUUAAAAAAAAACAAAAAACUUUUUAAUGUUCACAGGUCAGAAACCACAACCGAAAUCACUUCCCUCCAAUUCUCCAGAACUUUGGAGUUGUCGGCAUGAUCACGGAAGCUGACUUCUACGCCUACACACUGAACUGGCCGUGCGACCCCAACAUCUUUCCCCAGAGGCACGGGUGUCUGGUGGGGAUACAAGUGAUACCCAUAACAGCUGUGUCCAAGUACUGGAUGGAUCAGGUGAGUUGACCGAACAGGUGUGUCCAAGUACUGGAUGGAUCAGGUGAGUUGACCGAACAGGUGUGUCCAAGUACUGGAUGGAUCAGGUGAGUUGACCGAACAGGUGUGUCCAAGUACUGGAUGGAUCAGGUGAGUUGAUCAAACAGGUGUGUCCAAGUACUGGAUGGACCAGGUGAGUUGACCGAACAGGUGUGUCCAAGUACUGGAUGGAUCAGGUGAGUUGACCGAACAGGUGUGUCCAAGUACUGGAUGGAUCAGGUGAAUUGACCAAAGAGGUGUGUCCAAGUACUGGAUGGAUCAGGUGAGUUGACCGAACAGGUGUGUCCAAGUACUGGAUGGACCAGGCGAGUUGACCGACGGUAUAUUAAUACACUGUCGGAUGGCUUGUAUCAAUACAAACAGUGUUCGGUGGUGGUAGGAAGGGAGUUUUCGAGGGGGAAGUCCACCCCCGGGGAGGUCCUUUCCUUCUUUAGAUAGUGGUGUGGCAUUAACGGGUAACGGCCAACAUCUCGGCCUGCCCUCGGAAAAGAACUUCGGAAAUAUUGUUCCACAGUUUUGAGGGUAAGAGGUGUUUUUUUAAGGGGUCCUUUAAUAUCGGCCUUCUAUGCAAAACCAUUAAAAAAUACAAAUUGUGACCUCUCCAUUUAAAAUCCGAGUAUUACUAGCUAUAAGCCCGCCAAACAAUGGCGACAGGAACGUGUGAACGUCCCAUAAUCCCAUCUACUAAAUUUACUUGACUAAAUAUGCAUUCAGGUAACUCACUUUACAAUAAAUCCAAAUGAGUGGUUCACCACCUCCCCAUGUUCGCAACAGCUCACUUUUUUUCACGCCUCUGAAGUUUAUAAAUAAUCUCAAUUUCCCACCAAUUUUAUACCACAAAUGUAUAACACCAUAUUCAAAUUGAGAGAAUAUUUCCGUAAAACACAAGAAAAUAUUGCGCACCAAACGCGCAUGCUGUAGAAUCUCAUUUAGCGCAGCUGUCGGGAAUUUUAUUUUGUGAAAACAGUGUUAGUGGCAUUGUGAUGUGGAUAAUGAUUUACUAUGAUUGUUUAUAUUUCACUCGGCCUGAUCAUUAUAAACUCGUUGUCAAGAUGAUGCGAUAGUUGAGUUGGUUUUGUUUGACCGUCUCAGGAAUGGGCGGCCAGCGUCCGACACACCUGCGAGUCUGCCAUCAACCCGAGUACGAAUCCUUCCUACAGCAUUGCGGAGAAGACCUCCGACCUGAGCCGAGCCCUCGGCACGGUGAGUAACCAAAAAAGCUGAUGAUGGUCAUAAGCAUUGAAGUGUUCAAAUGGGCGGUCAAUUUUUUUUUUUUUUUUUUUUUUUUUGAAAAGGGGGGGGGGGGGGAGCGGUUUGUACAUGAGCUAAAUAUAAUAAUUCAUACAAGUCCAGAAAAGCCUUGCACAUAUGAACGAAAUAUAAUCAUUCAUACAAGUUCAGAAAAGUCUUUGUCUACUUAUCUGAUACAAUUUAAAGUACUGAAUGUUGAAAUAAAAAAAAGGUAUUAUUUUCUAAACCUUUAAAAUGCCUUUACAAUUUUCGUUCAUUCCCGUUUAAAUAUAAUAAUAUAUUUCACACAAAACAAUAUGUAAAUGUUUUAGCAUAUUUUUUAAUGGCUCUAUUUCUAUGUAAAUAUGACUUCCAUUGAAUACAAGGCAGUCGUCUUUUGCUGACCAAACCUCAACUUUGCAAAUCAUAUUCUAUUAGAAACUUAGGCCAAAUUCAAUGUCAAGAACUCGGUGGAAUUGUUUAAAAUUUAUUUUUUAAAGUGUGUGUGUGUGUGUUUUGGGGAAAGGAAGGUGGGUUGCUAUUCAUUUCAAUAAGAAGAAUAAGAUUAAACAUGACUGAUAUUAUACAACUGAAAUAUCUUCUUAAACGCACGAUCUAACUUCACGUGAUUUUUUUCUAGCUUAGGAUCUUUCAGUUCUUCCGAAGUUCAUUUGAAAAAUGUUGCAAAUAUUCUUUCCCCAGAAUGCAUUUCUUUCUUACAUCCGAUGUUUAUAGAUAUUAAUUAAUCCCCACCGUUCUUGAAGACUGUUGCCAUAAUGUGUCCACUACCCCAACCGUUGGAUGGUUGUCUGUACUUGGGACUAAAUGUGUAACUCCUAACAUAUCCCCACACCUCACGCUGGAUUAUUGCCUCACUUGCUUUAACUCUCACAACUUCGCUCGGCUUUCAUCUUAUCAGUGUGCCUGGUAGUCGACAUGUCUUCCUUUUACUCCAAAAAAUGUAUUUUGUUAGAAAAAAAAAUCACAAAAAAUAAAAAAUUAAAACACCUUAUCAUAUUUUUCAUUUGUGUUUUUCCCCCUUAGGGCUGGCAAGCUUUCUGCUAUGCGGCAAUGGCUCCCCUGGACGCUGCCCAUGCCAACGCCGCUGCCAAUUAUGUCAAGGACCUACGGCCCCAGGACUUGGUGGGCGGCACCGGGGCAGCCAGCACCUUGCUUUUUAUUUAUGCUAGUACAUAAAGACAUAUAAAUACGUCCAACAUGUUGUAUGUGUUCGUUAGAUUAUCGAUUGUUGGUAGCGAGUAUAGCGUGGUUCAUUAGAGUGGCGAUUGUUGAUAUAGUGUUUGUAAUCGCUGUUUAUUAAAAUAGAAGUCAUCGAGAGAAAGAUAUGAUAUGAGUAAAAAAUCAAUUUUUCCCUUGUGUUAUUCUGUGUGUCCCACGCCCUCUUGGUUCGUUAUUUGCAUAAGAUAUUUAUAAAUAAAGACUUAAAUAAAAAAAUAUUUUUGG